AUGUCUACUUUCGAUUUCGACUUUAUAUUUAAUGAACACAAUCCAUCAUUGGAGUUCCAAACUUACGCAUCUUCACCAGAAAGUAUACCAUCAGCUGUCUCAGAAGAAUCAAGUUUUUCUCCAUCCCCCAGUUCUGAUGGAGUCCAGUUUGCUAAUAAUCCACUGGGAAAUAUUGUAAAAGUGGAGGAAGAUUUAGAAGAAACACAAGGUAGUAACUCAAAAAGAAGACUACGAUUUACAUUCUCCAACGAUCAGCUUCUUUAUUUGAAACAAUUAUUCGCCGAGAGCAAAUACUUAUGUCGUCCAAAAAGAAUUAUGACCGCAACUAAACUAGGACUCCAAGAAAGACAGAUAAAAGUCUGGUUUCAAAAUCAACGCAUGAAGCAGAAGAAAUUAGAGAAGGAAAAUGAAGACACCAAUAACGGAAAAAUCAGUUCAUUUUCCGCAAAUAACGAUGUAAAAAAGAGGAGUAAUCAGUUGAUCGCCACAGAAGAUGCAAAGUUCAGAAGAAUGAAUACAUCGGCUGGAUUCAGGCCAACAGUACAUCAUCAUCUACCACAAAAUAUCGACUCGAACACCAAAUUAUAUAAUAGUUAUUUUUCAAAUACCGUCAACUAUCAAACUGCAUACAGCGGGAGUCAGCAAACCGGAAAUAUUAACUACACCGAGAGCUGUAGUUAUGGAAACUAUAACACCAACGUAUAUAAUAAUGAUAACAAUUGCUGCUACUCAACCAAGAACGUAAUUAAUAGUAACCAAAACACAUGUAGUUAUUUUUCACAACCUGUAGAUAAAGACAUGAAUUGUAAUGACUAUGAAAUCUACUAUAAAAAUGCUAAAAUCGGUGUUAGUGAUCUUAACUUAUACUCAAUCGGAGAAAAUCAGACUUCAGAACAAAAUUUGAGUUUUUCUACAAAAUCUGAACCAUCAUUUGAUUUUUUCGACGAUAUCAAUGGAUCCAAUUUUUUAAGCACUGUGCUAGAUGUAUAA